GAUAAUCGUAAAGGCAAGAAUUGAAUCGCUGAUUGUUUUUUGGGCCUCCAUACCAGUUCGGUCGAAAAGGACAGAUGAUACAUUUAUUUGUCUUUGGGGCGCUGGUGUCGGUGUGCAGCGCAGCACAGAAGCCGUGUUCUUUUCCUAACACGGAGAAGCCGGUGUGUGCCACCGAUGGCAACACAUACAUGAACAUGCAGGAGCUCGAGUGCCUGGCGAUGGAACGACGCCGCGUCGGACUGGAGGAGAUUUUCGUGCGGCACGAUGGCCGGUGUGAUGCCGUCUCCCACCUCAACAAGCGCACCAGCUAUGGCCGCUUCAGCUGGGUGAACAGGCCGUCCAGCGGAGUCAAGCCAGCGGCGUCCGCCGUUGCUCUCUUGGCGGCCCAUGUUGUCAGGGCACGCGCCCUCUGAGCUCUGCCUAUGCCAUUCUAGUCGGCAAACACGUUGCGCCGUGCUUCCAACUGACGUUGCUUUUCACAGCAGGCAUUUGUUCUGCAUUUGUGGUUCACCUAAAACAUGGCAAAGGAUGCGUCUUGCGGAUGUUCACCACGACAGUCCUGAGCAAGUAAGCAUUUUGCUUGAAACUUUUUGGUUUGGCUGCGACAGUGCGAAUGAUCGAUUGUUGUAAUAGACAGAGCGUCACACACGCAGGACUGCCACAAUCCUUUACACGGUGCGGUAUUCCAAUAUUGGAUGUAGCAGCUUGUUUCAAAAAUGACUCGCGAUCUAUGAUCUAGGACUGCGAUCAAGA